UGUUGUCAACAUAAUAUCAAAUAUAUCAAUACACAGCUGUGAACGUGUAAGUACAAGACGACUCUAAGUACAGUUGAAUUUACAUCGAUUAUAUGGUAAAACUCUAGCAAGAUGGAUAUUACACCGUUAUUCAGGGCAUACAUAAAAACAGUUAAAACUCGCAAUAAAGCUUUUGGGAUUCAAAGUCCUGUAAGCGACGAUAAACAGCGUAUACUGCGAACGAAGCCAAAGACGGCUUUCAUGAUCACAGCGAAAGAUAUUACUUCGCAAAUCACAAGGCUACGGGAUUUCCUGCUGCAGCACCGAGAGAAGUACUUGAGUUUCUACGAUAAUGUCGUAGAAAAUGAGAUGACUGAUGCGGAGAGAGAUCAAAUAGACACAGGAGCGCAAAGAAUUAUCAAUACAUGCUCUCACUUGCUUAAAGAGUUUAGGAAUGACAAUCGGAAAGUCACAGUCGCUCCUCAGAUGAAAGAAUACAUGGAAGCAGUCGCUGAUCUUAUAGACAUGUAUUUAAAAGCUGUGUGUAAGAUACACAGUGAGCUAAAAGCUCUGCGUGUUAAACGAACAUUAGUAAUGCGUAAACUAUCACGUUUGGAGCUUCCACAGACAAAGUCAAACAUUCCAAAUCCCUUCAUAGUAGGGAAAGCAGGUGAAAAAGACACUGACAAACUCCUAGAGAAGGAAACAGAAGAGUUGGAGGAGACUGAUAAUCCAAAAAAGAUGGAUUUGAAUGAGAAUGAUGUGGCGGUGUUAGCUGACGAGGAGCUUAGUGCUGAAGAGCUGCAGAUGUUUGAAUCAGAGAAUGUGCAGCUCCUGAAUGAGCUAAAUAGCAUGACGGAGGAAGUGAAAGCUAUAGAGAGCAAAGUUCUGCACAUUGCUGAAUUACAGGAAAUAUUUACUGAAAAGGUGUUACAACAAGAGCAAGAUAUAGACCGAAUAUCCAACACAGUUGUGGGGUCCACAGAAAACGUUAAGGAUGCCAAUGAACAAAUAAAGCAAGCCAUACAAAGGAAUGCUGGUCUUAGGGUUUAUGUACUUUUCUUCUUACUAGUCAUGUCAUUCAGUCUUCUUUUCUUAGAUUGGUAUAAUGAAUAAAUGGUGUAUGUUAUAAUAGAAUUA